AUGGGGUUUCAACCCUCCGCAGAGAGAAGCGUCCUUGGAUUCAGAGAUAACACGAUGCUGAAUGGACCCGACUGGUCCCCAGGAUGCUGGCUUCCGGGCAAGGCUGAGAGCAGCGCGGCCCUUAAGCAUUCUCCAGAAAAUUCUAUCUCGGAGAGAGCUGCCCUGCAGGACGCCAAGCUCUGCAAGCUAAGCCCCGCCCACCAUGGGGAGAGGCCGCCGGCGCGACUCUGGGGAGGAGGGUCUUGCGGUCACGUGAUCGCCAGCGGGCGCCCCGCUCUUCCGCCUUCCGCCUCGCAGCCCCGCCCACCGUGGGGAGAGGCCGCCGGCACCACCUUGGGGAGGAUGUUCUCGCGAGAACCACAAGGACUUCCUAUCCUUUCUUCCGUCCGUCUCCACCUGGGGCCGUUCCCCGAGAUUGAGGCUCCGAAGCGCCGGGGCUCGGACGUAGCGGGCAGGGGACCCCACCACGACAGCGCCGAGGGCGGGAGAUUCGGAAAGGUUUACUGCCGGCUCGACCGUCCUCGUCAGGACAGCGGCGUUCCACCGGGGCCGCACGCCCCCUGGUGUCGACUCGUCGCCACAGCCGACCGUGGUGGCCCCCAGGCCUUUGACCUGCCUUCGCCGGGCCGGAAGGCGGGCUUCGUCCCCGCCUUAGAGAUGAGGGAAGAGCGUCAGACGGGCUUGAGGAACGUGCCCCAGGUGGCACACAGCCAGGCUCUGCGGCCCGGCCGCGUGUGUCUCCAGUCAGAUGGCGACUGCCGCUUGUGUGCCCGCGGCCGAACCCAGCCUCGGGUCCCCAGGAGAAGACCGCCUGUGGGCACUACCCACCAGAGCCCUUCGCAGGCCUAUGGCCUUGGUGCCGAUUGUGGACCCCAGCCUCCGGGGACUCUUGCUCAUGCCGGGGCCUGGACGACGGAGGAGGAGGCCCACCGUGGAUUCCAGCUGUAA